GCUGCCGCUGCUGCAGCCGCGCGCGCGGAAGGGGAGAAGCCGGGAGCAUAGUGACCAUGACGAAGUUAGCUCAGUGGCUUUGGGGACUAGCGCUCCUGGGCUCCACCUGGGCAGCCCUGACCAUGGGAGCUUUGGGCCUGGAGCUGCCCUGGGCAUGCCGGGAGGUCCUGUGGCCACUGCCCGCCUACUUGCUGGUGUCGGCCGGCUGCUACGCCCUGGGCACUGUGGGCUAUCGCGUGGCCACUUUCCACGACUGCGAGGACGCCGCUCGCGAGCUGCAGAGCCAGAUCCUGGAGGCACGAGCCGACUUAACCCGCAGGGGGAUGCGCUUCUGACACCCUAGACCCAUCCCCGCCGGGCAGCCCUCCCUUCCAUCCCUCAUUAAAGAGCGAGUUUAUUUUCUAA